UUGCGUGAAAUUCUGAAGUUAGACGAGCUUCUUCACUGUCAGUAUAAACCUAGAAAGCCAUCAGGACCUCGUUUUCAGUUCGCGCUAGUCCCGAAUUCUUUCUUUCUGUAACUUCGCAAUUCUAUAGUAAAGGUUAGUUUUUCUUUUUUAUCUUUAAUUUUUCUUAUUUUUCCUGUUUGGUCACCUAGAAAAUACGGGAAGAUAAAAGAAUUUAAAGUUUGUUUUCUUAGUUGAAGAAAAUCAUCCAAAGAAAAUGCCACAAUGAAAAUUGUUCUCGUAUUUUGUUCUUUGUUUGUUCUUGUAUUUUUUUGUAAAUCUUUUAUUUUCUUAAUUUUUCUGUUUGGUUACCUAGAAAACGUGGGAAGAUGAAAGAAUUUAUAGUUUGUGUCCUAAGUUGAAGAAAAUUAUCCAUAGAAAGAAGAUUGUUUUUGUAGUCCGUUCUUUGCUUUUUUUUUUCCCCCUUCUCUCUCGGUCUACAAAUUAGUUCGGAGGAGAAUGUGUGGUACAAUUUCUAGUUGGCUUAUAUGUUACUGAAGCAAUUUUAGUCUUGUUUCUUCGGUCACUAUGCGGGGAAGGUUAUUGAACAACAAUCCGGUUAAAGAGUGCUCUAAGCCUAUGUGAAAAACAAUGCCAUCAAUAUCUCUCCCGAAAGAUUUAUAUAGAUAUGCUUUUUGGUAAUAUGUUGGCUUCUAUAUCAUCAGGCCUUGCAAGCUUAAAACUGAUAACUACUUUGGCCCCUUCUGAAUCAUACGUUCUCAAGAGCAUAUUGGAACUUGGAAAGUCUAGAAUCCAAACAGGGAAUCAAGAUGCUCAUGCAUUAAGUUGAAAUGAAUUUUUCUCAGGAUUCUCAAGCUUCAAAUGAGAUAAACUUCUCAACACAAGCAUCAUUGGGGUCAUCUGGUGACCAGCAAAAUAACGCACCGAACAUUCCACCGGUCAAUGCAGCUGCUCCAUCUGCUUCAGACAACAAGACCAGAAGAGUUCCACUUGCAGAAAUUGAACUAGUAAAGAAUUUAAUCAAAAGGUGUCUGCGGCUGUAUAUGACUACAAAUGAGAUUGUGAAUACACUCCAUUGUCGAGCCAAAAUUGAGCCUGGGUUUACAAGAGUGGUAUUGGCUGAACUCGAAGAAAAAAAUCCGAACUUUUUCAAAAAGUACCAUGUUGGGGUAACGUUGAAGAGGCAAAUCAUUAUAUUGAAUCAAUUAAUGGAGCGUCAAUACCAGAUGCAGUGCACAUCUCCAAUGGUUCCGUUGGCUUCCAUGCAAAAUAGGAUUUGUGACUUGCCUGUUAACAGUCUACAUAUGAGAUACCCCAUUCUGCAGCAGCCUUUGAUUCAACCACCAGUUCAUCCUCAUAUUGAUUCUUUAGGUGGUGGUUCUGGCUGUCACGUGAUAAAUGGAAUUUCUGAUGGGAGCACUUCUGUCCUAUGCAAUUAAAUUCUGUCAACUGGAUGAUGAUGGACAGAAUUGCAGCUGAUACAUUAACCCCGUCACUCACUGGUGGUGUCAAGUCAGAUAUUGCAAUGAAUCCUGUAUCAGUAGUUUCUGGUGGCCAUUUUCAAUUGCCAUCAGAUUUGAGUUAAACAUCAGCUCUGGAGCUUAAGUAUCUGUUUCAGGGGCUUGGUAGCAAGUGGUCUCUGCCUGAUGAUCAAACUGGAAAUCACGUAGAGUUUCAUAAUCAUGCAUCUCAAGUUCCUUCGACUUCUAGUUUAUCAGAUUUGGCUGCAGUCUUCUCAAAUGUGGGAGAUAAUGCUGAGUUGGGAAAUUAUACACAGUCCCCCUUUCUGCAAGCUGGUCUGGAUGUUCUGCUCAUGCCUCUGCAUUUGUCAGAUAACACUGAGUUGGGAAAUUAUACAUAGUCUCCCUUUCUGCAAGGUGGUCCGGAUGUUCCGCUCAUGCCUCUGCAUUUGUCAGAUAACACUGAGUUGGGAAAUUAUACACAGUCUCCCUUUCUGCAAGCUGGUAUGGAUGUUCCGCUUAACUCAGAGGUGCAUACUGAUGUAGAUACAUUUACUUUCAAUUCAAAUCCUGGCCCAGCCACUUAUCCGCAGGAGGAGAAACGCUAAGGUAAAACCAUACCUGGGCAAAUGGAAUUCAAGAUAUGUUUUUUUAGUAUACCUGGAAUUGGAUCAUUAGCAUACCUGGGCGGGCCACAGCCCAUGUUGAAGUUCACAUUACUGGAAUGAUGAUGGAUUUGAUCCAUGAGUCACAUGAGUUGUUUUGUGUUUGUUGAAUGAUUACAAUAUAGAUAUGUCGCCUUAAUUUGGACA